AUGGCAGAUAGCCAAACCCCGUGUCUAGUAGCCAAUGGGCCUUUUUCUAGCUCCCAACAGGCCAUCGUGACGAAAGAGAUGGGACUGGAGCUUAAUCUCAGCUUAAGUUGCAUCGAGAUACCAGAGCCGACUGGAAAUGAAUCUUUGGUCAAGAUUAUUUGCACCGGCAUCUGCCGAAGCGAUAUCUGCUUCUCCAUUGGCCCUGAAGAUGGUUACCCAACGCAUAACCACAUCGCUGGCCAUGAAGGCAUAGGUCGGGUUGUGAAAUCAAGCGAUUCUACCCUGGUUGGAAAACUCGUUGCGACACGGUUCUUGGCAAGCUCGUGUGGAUGCUGCACCUACUGCCUUAGGAAUCUAGAGACGUCUUGCGUUAACCAGUACAACAUCCCUAAACACAGAAACGGCACGCUGCAACAAUUCAUGGCGGUUCCAACAUCGUACCUCAUGGAACUGCAUGGCCUCCCCGAAAUUGACAAGGAUUUGUCAAAGUACUGUGCGGCGCUGUGCUCCGGCUCCGCCGCACUAAGAGCUAUUCGCAAUGCAAACACAAGCCCGGGAGACGUCGUUGUGGUGGUGGGCAUACUUGGUGGCAUCGGACAUCUGGUUGGCAUGUUGGCGAAACAAGUGUUUGCCUUGAAAGUAAUUGGUGUUGAUUUGAAGUCGAAGAUUGAUGUAUUCCCUGCCAAACACACCGUUAUGGCUUGCGAUGUACUUCUACCAGCUGUAGAAGAUCAAGAUCCGACGGCUUUGGUGAAAUUGCAAGACAAAAUCGCUGUCUCAUGUGCCAGGCUGAGGAACGACACUGGUACUCCACGAGCGGCCGAUGCAGUGGUCGUUACCUCAAGCCGAAUGUCAGGCUUUCAGAGGCUAGAGAAUUUCGUCUGUGAUGGAGGAUCAAUAGUCUGCGUGGGUGUUCCCCGUGAGAGCAAUACGCUGUCUAUUCCUUUACCAUCUCUUGUCGAACGGAGCUUGCGAAUCGUAGGAAGCUUGAUGGGUGGUCGUCGGGACGCAUUGGAGAUGAUACACUACAUCAAAAGCGGCCAGAUUGACCCGAUCAUAACUAAAAUUGAGCUGGAUCAAGUCCCGUUGUAUAUGGCAAAGAUUCGAGAUGCCGAGAUUAUUGGUAAAGUGGUGGUCCAAAUGCCAGUACGUGGCUGA